UCAGUUGCAAAAAAACCAAUUUCCUACUUCAAUUGUCUUUAACAUGAGUACUGCAGAAAUUGCUCGAACAGUAGUCGGUAUCAUAGGAAAUGUCAUCGCUGGAUGCAUGUUCUUGUCCCCAUUGCCAACAUUUGUUGGAAUAUGCAAAAAAGGAUCAGUGGAACAGUUCUCAGCAGUACCAUACCUAGCCACGUUAAUGAACUGCAUGGUUUGGACACUCUACGGACUACCAAUGGUACACCCUCACAGCACACUGGUGGUUACCAUCAACGGUGCAGGAUGUGUGGUUGAGAUCAUUUAUCUCACACUUUUCUUAAUCUAUUCUGACCGCAAAAAAAGACUCAAAGUCUUCCUUGGUUUACUAUUGGAGCUUAUUUUCAUUUCCCUUCUUUCAUUUGUUUCGUUGACUAUGAUCCACACCGUUAAUAAACGUUCGGCUGUUGUUGGAACUAUUUGUAUGCUCUUCAAUAUUGGCAUGUAUGCUUCACCCUUAUCCAUCAUGAAAAUGGUGAUCAAGACUAAAAGCAUUGAGUUUAUGCCAUUUUUCCUAUCUUUGGCUUCAUUUGGAAAUGGCGUGUCUUGGACCAUUUAUGCUCUCAUCCCUUUUGAUCCAUUCAUUGCGAUACCAAAUGGGAUUGGAACAAUGUUUGCAGUGGUACAACUGAUUCUAUAUGCAACAUAUUACAAGUCAACAAAAGAGCAAAUAGCAGCAAGAAAGAAUAGUAAAGGGGAGAUGAAUCUGUCAGAAUUAGUGGUAGUUGGCAUUAGUAAUGGUACUGCUACUGUCCAAGACAACCCUAACAUCAGCAAGAUAACUACUGCUCCUCCCAUUGCUAAAUGACUAUCAAUGGCAAUGAUGUAUCCUAUUCCUCUGCCCAACCCAUUGUUGCUUUUGGAUUAAUUCAUGUAAUCCUAUUUUUAUUUCUAGCUUAAUU